GGGGGAAGGGGUGGGGAACGGACCAAUCGGCAGCAGCGUUGUUGCGCGAGUCGCCUAAUCGUGGUCGAUCCUGAAUCAUGGCAGACGAUCAUGAGACAGCAACAAAAGACAUGGAGGAGCAGGAUGGCUGCGGCAGUGACUGUGAGAAUGAAGAGGAGCAUGUACACAGUAAAGGCAAAAGUCCAGGGGAUGAACUGGGAGCAAAGAAGAAGAAAAAGAAACCGAAGCGGAAGAAGGAGAAGGGUGGAGGAAAGCUAGACUCAGACGAUCCAUCUAAGGUUAAUUCUUUGCCUGCAGAGAAAUUGCAGGAGAUCCAAAAGGCCAUUGAGCUAUUUUCUGUUGCCCAGGGUCCAGCAAAGAGCAUGGAGGAGGCCACCAAACGGAGUUACCAGUUCUGGGACACCCAGCCAGUGCCAAAACUUGGUGAAGUAGUGACAGUCCAUGGCCCAAUUGAGCCAGACAAAGAUAAUAUUCGACAAGAGCCCUAUAGCCUACCGCAGGGAUUUCUAUGGGAUGCCCUAGACCUUGGGAAUGCUGAAGUGUUGAAGGAACUGUAUACCCUGCUGAAUGAGAACUACGUGGAGGAUGAUGACAACAUGUUUAGAUUUGAUUAUUCACCUGAAUUUUUACUGUGGGCACUGCGUCCCCCUGGCUGGCUGCUUCAGUGGCACUGCGGUGUACGGGUCGUCUCCAACAAGAAAUUAGUGGGUUUCAUCAGUGCCAUUCCAGCUAAUAUUCAGAUUUAUGACCAUCUGAAGAAGAUGGUGGAGAUUAAUUUUCUGUGUGUGCAUAAGAAGCUGCGCUCCAAACGUGUGGCUCCAGUCCUGAUCCGCGAGAUCACCAGGAGAGUCAACCUCGAAGGCAGCUAUCAGGCUGUGUAUACAGCAGGUGUAGUGCUGCCGAAACCUGUGGGCACUUGUAGGUACUGGCACAGGUCACUGAACCCACGCAAACUAGUAGAGGUGAAGUUCUCCCAUCUGAGCAGAAACAUGACUAUGCAACGAACAAUGAAAUUAUAUAGACUGCCAGAGACCACAAAAACGCCUGGCCUGCGACCAAUGGAGCGUCGGGAUGUGGAGCAGGUGUGCAGGUUGCUGAGGGAAUACCUGACGCAGUUCUAUCUGACACCAGCAAUGAACGAAGAGGAGGUUGCUCACUGGUUCCUACCUCGGGAAAAUAUUAUAGAGACUUAUGUUGUUGAGAGCCCUGAUGGAGAAUUGACAGACUUCUUCAGUUUUUACACUCUUCCUUCCACCAUCAUGCACCAUCCUGUUCACAAGAGCCUAAAGGCUGCUUACUCUUUUUAUAACGUCCACACCAAGACUCCUCUCGUUGACCUCAUGAAUGAUGCCCUCAUCCUUGCAAAGUUGAAAGGAUUUGAUGUUUUCAAUGCACUGGACCUCAUGGAAAACAAAACCUUUUUAGAAAAGCUGAAAUUUGGAAUUGGAGAUGGCAACCUGCAGUAUUAUCUAUACAAUUGGAAGUGCCCCAGCAUGGCUGCUGAGAAGGUUGGGCUUGUGUUGCAGUAAAUUUGCCAUCACCGGAGCUGGAAAAAGCCACCAAUCAGCCAUAUCGGGGAAAGUCCGCUGACCCCUAGUCUGACACCGCUGAAUUCAGAAGAUUGCAAGAAAUGGGAGGGAAUGGAGCUCGUGGAUUUCAAAGCGAGAGUUUACAGAUUAUACCAUCCCAUAGACAUUUACUAUCCUGCCCAACUCUGUCAAAUCAAGAUUAUAUGCAUUAUACAUGAUUUUAAUAAAUGGAUUAGAACCUGUCUGAUUGGAAAACGCAAUGUUACAAGUAUACAAAGAUUGAAGGCUUCUUUAUAUCUCUGUUUGAGAUAUAUUUGACCAUGGGUUCUCUCAUCCAAAAACAUUGCAUCAACUACAGUGUGUCUCAUUUAUUAAAACUCUAAGACUCCAAUUGCUUUACAUUUUAA